AUGAUUAGGAACAUGAUUAUGGAAAUGCCCGGAAAACUUGAUCACGCCUCUGUGGUUGCUUACCAAGUUGGAAGUGAGUGGCCAAUGACAACUGAAAGAGAAAAUGAUGAAAAAACAAUUUUUGAAGAGUCUCCAAUAAAUAAUCUAAAAAUAGAGGAUUUGGAGAUUAAAGAGGAAAAUAAGGAGGAAAAUGUGUUUAAUAAUACUAUUAAUCCAAAUAAACAAUCUGUUGCCGUUCAAUGUUCGUGGAGGCCUCCAACGGCUGCAUUUUCACGUUCAUCCAAACAUCCACAACAAUACACACAAAAUCAACAAACAUAUAAUACAAACACAACAACACAAACAAAAACAUUUAACACAAUAAAUAUAUCUAACAACAUUAUAAAUAAUCAACAAAAACAUCAAACAAACAUUAAAGAGAAAAGGUGUUUGACAGACUUGUCCCCCUCCAAAAUUGUUCCGGUAAAAACAUUUGAAGAAAAGGAUGUUUUGAUUGGGUUAAAAACGAAGAAAAAUGUUGAGAGGAAUGUUGAGAGGAAUGUUGAGAAAAAUAGAGAAAUAAAUACGAAUAAAAGUCCAUAUGAAGAAUUACCUCGUUUUGGAGAAGGGGAGGAAGAAGAUAAUAGUCAAAGUGAAAAUUAUGAAAAUAAACAAAUAUUGAAUGGAGAUAAGGGGAGAAAAAGGCAAUUUUAA